AUGUCCACCACCGAUGCUCCGUCCACCAGCGCUCCAUCCACUGAUUAUACCAGAACAGAGGUCAUCUUUACACCAGUCCUACUCCGCGGCUGUCUUCCCUCUCUGAAACCAACUACCGUUGCACGGCGCAAUCGUGAUGACCAAAGAUCCUAUGAGACGACGUAUGUAAGGACGGUCACGACGCCUCGUGUCGAGACACGCUUGUCUGCGCGCAGUUUUUGUAAUGAUGGACAAGGUCGUGAGGAAGAAGUGGAUGUGCCGCGCGAGACUUUUGCGGCUAUCAAUAGAUACGUGCGCUCGGCAAGAGAAGGGUGGGGACCGAUGAUUGCUGUGCCUGCCGGUGCGUUGCCGCAAUGGAGAGACCCAUCAGCAGCAUUUGAGCACUGCACUGCUCAAUCUCAAAUGCGCCAUUUGAGUUUGCCCAGAGAGCACACCGGCCGUAGCUAUACUAACGGAGACGGAGGUCGAGGAUGGCCGUUCACUUAUCGCCUUUACCCGGAUGUCCAACAGUAUCUCGAUGAUGGCGGGGUGCUUUUUGGGCCAGAGGACCAACCGCUCAAGUGGGAGGACUAUACAGACAGGCUGGAACGGGCGGUGGAGAGUGCAAAGAAUUUGGACGAGCUGGAUACCGUCCCGGAAGGGACUGUCAAGAUUGCUUUUACAACCGAUAUCGUCCAGCCUACAAGGCUGAAGAGAAUCUCUCGUCCAGAGGGAGAGGAUGAUACAAACUCUUUGCAGACCUGGAAGGUUUUGCAUCCCGAGAUAAGUGUCAAGAGUCGAGUCCAAGAUGAUUCCCCCGAAUGGAUCAAGAGGGAUGAAAGCGCGCAAGCCUCGUAUGACCGAUCGAUCUCUGCAGCGAUAGCAUCCUCAUACCUGCCCUUGCCCUCCGUUCCCCUGACACCACAAACAAGCGUUCUGGAGUUUCUGGUAGACACGAGUCGGAACGAGCAUCUGUUGUUUCAUCAUGCAGCACACAAUGUGGCGAAGGAGGUGUCUUUCGAGGUGGGAGGAAAGUAUACAGAUGAAGAUGGGGAGGAGAUUGUGGAUGGGCUUUUGGUCAAAGCUGCUUGGGUUGAUCCUGAUAUGUUUAAAGCACUUUGUGGAGAGCCACCCAGAGACUGGCGACUACCAGCUGAAAGGAGUUGGGAGUCUCGAGAGGCUAUUGACGAGGGCCUUGAGACGAUGCGGAAAGAACUUGCGGGAGGGAGUAGCGCGGGGGAGGAUAGUGCGCCUGAGGAGGUAUGGGGCAGCUGGGAGUAG